CGUUUUACAAAUGGCGGAAGGCGGCGGUGUUAAAGCAAAACAUGAAAAUGUGCCUGUUUAUGAAUUCUUGGACGUGAACUCUAAAGAGUUUCACAUUGGUGGAUGUAGAGAUUUGUGGCUGGAUGUAUUGAAUCCGGAUGUGUAUUCAUUCAGUGACACAGUCCCAGAAAUACAGGACGUGGAGUUUAUUGAAGAGAUGGGCAUUGAUCCUGAGACACUGGAGGAACUCAAGAGCAUCUGCAGUGUUGAUUUUCUCAGAAGUGGACAUGAAGACACAAACACCGUACCAUUAGAUUCUCAUCUCUCUACAUUGAAAUUACGCAAGAGAAGACAAGAUUAUAAAGAAACUCUGACCAGAUACAAUGUUGACAGACAUGAAGUCUAUGCCAAUGAAAUGGAGAUGAUAUCUGUGGGUAAGAAGCCAGAUAAUCUCACAGCCCUGGUCCCAGAGGGUGAAAUCAUCCUAACCUUUAAUAUCAUGUAUCCCGUUCUGUUUCAGCGGUUUAAGCAUGUGAGGGCAUAUCAGACCCUACAUGUGCUGGGCUCUCAGAGGCUCAGCGAUCUUAGAGAUGCCAUCUGCUGCGUCAGUGACCUCCAGGUGUUUGGAGAGUUCAGCAACACUCCAGACAUGGUGCCACAGUUCGUCAGCAAGGAUCAUUACAAGUCUGCUUUCUUUUUCUUCAAUGGAACGUUCUUCAAUGACACACGGUUCCCAGAAUGUCGAGACAUCAGCACGACCACAUGUGAGUGGGCCCGAACCAGAGACUUCCCAGAUUUCAAGACAGCUAAGAUGGAGGACACUUCUUUCUACGACCUGAAGAUGAAAAUUGGGUACCCGUAUUUCUACACUCACCAGGGCGAUUGUGAGCAUGUUGUCAUCCUCACUGACAUCAGACUUGUCCAUCAGGAUGAUUGUUUAGACAGAAAGCUCUACCCGCUCAUCACCCACAAGCACAGAGUUGUGACCCGGAAGUGCUCUGUGUGUCAUCUUUAUAUCAGCAGAUGGAUAACAGUCAAUGAUCGUCUUGCCCCCACGGACCCCUGCUUGUUUUGUGACCAGUGCUUUCGAAUGUUUCAUUAUGAUGAUAAAGGGAACAAAGUAGGAGAUUUCCUGGCCUAUGCCUAUGUUGAUCCAGGCACGUUUAACUGAUCCCAUACUUUUAACAGAAAAAAUUAUAUUUACUGCUGUACAGUGUUUAAACAAGCAGUGCAAGAAAUGGUGUUCUCCAUAUGCUGUUAUAGCGCAAUUUAUGUUUGUAAUUAUAUUGUGACAUUUCACGUUCACCGCUAAAAUUCAAAAAUAAAUAAAAAUUUGUUUGAUUUCUGAAUUGAAGUAUGUUGUGUGCAGCAAAUCAAUAGUUCAUAAAAAAAAUGACAAUGUAAAUAAGCAAUAAAUCCUUUAUGAAUUUGG